AUGUCCGCUAGCAGUGUAUCGACGUUGCUUCAAGGGCUUGUGUGGCUCUCUGAUUGGAUAUCAAGCUUUCGACUAGCCUCUUCCUCCAUCGUGACAAAUGGACCCCAAAUGACAAGUUAUUUGGGCCUGCUUCCAGAUCUGUUGCCAGAACCGGACGAAAAAAAACACGGUGGCACAGUCAAUCCCUCAGUUGUGUGGUCUAAGUAUGGCCGAGACCAAUAUAGGGGGAGUCAGAGUUAG